AUAGAGGAUGGGCUGUGUGCAAUGUAAGGACAAAGAGGCUGCUAAGUUAACCGAGGACCGGGACACCAGCUUGUCUCAGAGCGGAGUGGGUUAUCGUUAUGGCGUCGACCCCACACCACAGCAUUACCCCAGCUUCAGCGCGGUCACUGGGGUCACCGCUAUUCCCAACUACAACAACUUCCAUGGCGCUGGGGUCACGCAGGGUGUGACAGUCUUUGGAGGGAUCAACACAUCCACACAGCAGGGAACGCUCCGCACACGAGGAGGCACAGGUGUAACUCUGUUUGUUGCUCUCUAUGAUUAUGAGGCCCGUACAGAAGACGAUCUCAGUUUCAGUAAAGGCGAGAAGUUUCAAAUCAUCAAUAGCACUGAAGGUGAUUGGUGGGACGCCCGUUCUCUCACUACAGGAGGAACCGGCUACAUUCCCAGCAAUUAUGUCGCCCCUGUGGACUCAAUCCAGGCUGAGGAACCUCUCAGCAGGAUGCAUGACAAACCUCGGCCCACUCUAAAUGAAUCCAGAUACAGUUGCAGUGCCUUCUCUUUGUCUAUCCGGGACUGGGACGAUGUGAAGGGGGACCACGUGAAACAUUAUAAAAUCCGUAAACUGGACAGUGGAGGAUAUUACAUCACCACUAGAGCUCAGUUUGAGACGCUUCAACAGCUGGUCCAGCAUUACACGGAGCGGGCAGCGGGGCUUUGCUGUCGUUUGGUCGUCCCUUGCCACAAAGGGAUGCCAAGGCUCACUGACCUGUCUGUCAAAACCAAAGACGUGUGGGAGAUUCCACGGGAGUCGCUUCAACUCAUUAAGCGCUUAGGCAACGGCCAGUUCGGGGAGGUUUGGAUUGGCACGUGGAAUGGCAACACUAAAGUGGCUGUGAAGACCCUCAAGCCGGGAACCAUGUCUCCAGAGUCCUUCCUGGAGGAAGCGCAGAUCAUGAAGAAAUUACGCCAUGAUAAACUAGUGCAGCUCUACGCUGUCGUUUCUGAGGAGCCCAUCUACAUCGUCACUGAGUACAUGGGAAAAGGAAGUCUUCUAGAUUUCCUGAAGGACGGGGAGGGACGGGCACUCAAGCUGCCCAACAUCGUCGACAUGGCGGCCCAGGUGGCUGCAGGUAUGGCCUACAUCGAGCGAAUGAACUACAUACACAGAGAUUUGCGCUCUGCUAACAUUCUGGUUGGUGAUAACCUGGUGUGUAAGAUCGCUGACUUUGGCCUGGCCAGACUCAUUGAGGACAAUGAGUACACUGCCCGACAGGGGGCAAAAUUCCCUAUUAAGUGGACGGCUCCUGAAGCAGCUCUGUAUGGGAAGUUCACCAUUAAAUCUGAUGUUUGGUCUUUUGGAAUCCUGCUUACGGAGCUGGUCACUAAAGGCAGAGUUCCAUAUCCAGGGAUGAAUAACAGAGAGGUACUGGAACAAGUGGAGCGUGGCUACCGGAUGCCGAGUCCCCAGGACUGCCCGAGCUCUCUUCACGAGCUGAUGGUUCAGUGCUGGAAGAAGGACGCAGAAGAGCGGCCCACCUUCGAGUACCUGCAGGCCUUCCUCGAGGAUUACUUCACCGCAACCGAACCUCAAUAUCAGCCCGGAGACAACCUCUAAACCCAGCCUCCUGGGCCCACCCUGAUCUCAUCCUCCCUGAGCCGUCUCAAGUGGCCUCGACUCCCUCCAGACCGGAGGCAUGUACAGCUUCAUGAGUUCACCUGAGCUCCCCUGCGGCUCCACACGCACUAGUCGCCUGAAGACUGAACCGUUUGCACAGACUUUGAGGGGUGUAAACACGAGCGAGCUGGGGAGGCCAACAGGGGGAAUUGUGGGUAAAGUUGGAAGGGGAGGACGUGGAAAGUUGUGGCCAUAACCAUUAUAAUUAUAUGAAAUGAUGCCUGUAUUCAGUGUAAAUACGAGAUGCUUGUUUAAGGUUUAUUUUUUAGUUUGUUUUCAUUCAGGGUUUUUGUUUUGUUAUCCUCGCUCAUCUUUUUUGUGUUGCUUUGCAAAGAAGCAGUUUUGGUCGCAUUUAGGAACCCGUAGAACGAGUGUUGAAUUUGAGAAUGUUUGUGGUUUGUUCAUUUUCUCCUCCGCUGACGAGAUCAUGUUCCAAAUGGAGGAAUAAAAAUGCAAAGUCUUUAUUAUUCUAGUGGUUUUACCUGCAGAGGAAAUUGGUUUCUCACAAUUUCUUUAAUUUAUUUUUUGAUUGGUUUUACGUUGCUUAAGAUACUAAAUUGAAUUGACAUCCUCUCCAAAUGAUUAGAUGUUAACCUAAUGUAACAAAUAAUUAUUUAACACAUUGUUCAUUUUUGUGUUUCUAGCCAAAUGUUAAAGACUGCCAUACAUCAGCAUAUCUCCACAGAGAAAAUGCAUUGUAGGCUAUUGUCAGAAAAAAAGUUAAUAAAAAAAUUGGACAUUUUUGGGGUACAACAGCAUGUCACUGGGGCAAUACCCUCAGAAGAACAACUUUGUACCUUAUCUACCUCUAAAAAGUGUGUUUUAGUAUCUUAAAGUAGUCAUAUGUACCUUUAAGGUACUACUACUGUUUAGGUCUAAGUAAUGUGCAAAGUUGUCCUGCUGAGGAUACGCUCUUGAAUUUGUUCAUGAUAUUUAAACAUGACAUUAUGGUGCCUUGGAAGCCAGUCUGAAACCAGUUUUCAGAAAUGUGGUUUGUUAAGUCAUUGACUGACUGGGCAGCGAGUAAGCAAAGCAGAUGUCUUUGGUUUCGGACACAGCCUCAUUCAAAUCAGAUCAGGUUCCAACUGGUCCCUAUCCUCAUGUGCCGUUUCUUCUGUUCUCCAUGGAGGACACUUUUAAAAUGUAUUUGCUUCAAUGUAUUUUAAUUCAUCUAGCAUAAAUCUAUAUGGAACUGUUUGGAUUUGGAUCAAGGGGACACUCCAAAAUACCAUUUCCCUCGUUGGUUUGUACAGUGCUCAUCAGAACGUCUUUAAAACCCCUCACCUGCAUUUCAUUUGGUUUAACAGUAUCGUAAGUGUCAGCAAUCACCUCAAAAUUGCCAUUAUAAUUUUUUUUAACAUGCCUUUUUGUUAACAUUUCCCAUUUGGAAAUAAAAAUACAAUAUUUUACACUCUUUACAAGCUUUACUCGUCUUUCUAAUUACCAGUUAAAGCAGCACUAUGUAACUUUUGGUGCUCUAGCGGUUAAUAAACAUAACUGCACACA